ACCAAAAUCCCGCGCAACCAAUCCUCGCACCCUCAUGCCUCCAGCCAGGAGGCCCCGGCGGGCCCUGGUUGCGCCCGCCGCCUCAGAGAGCUCCCCUCCGGCCCCUCCGGCCCCUCCGGCUGUGGGUGAGGCCCCGCCUGACACGGCGGAGGCUGCUGCUAGGGUUACGGAGGUUGGUGGCGGGGCGGUGGAGAGUCGCGGUGAGGAGGCCACCGGGGCGGAGUCCGUCGAGGAGCCGGAGGUGGAGGAGGAACCCGAGGAAGCGGAGGAGGAUCCCGAGGAGGAAGUGGAGGAGGAUCCCGAGGAGGAAGUGGAGGAGGAUCCCGAGGAAGCAGAGGAGGACCCUGAGGACGAAGCCGAUGGAGGCAAGGCGGUGUUGGCGAUGGGCCAGGGAGACGGCCCGGCUGCAGCGACUGAGUCGGAGAGGACGGUGGCCAUGGAGGGAGGCGACGAGGAGAAAUCGAUGGCGACGGCAGUGAAAGAUGGCGGCGGUGAAGAUGCGGGGUUGGAGUCUGCGGUGGUAGAGGAGCCUGGUAAGGAGGAUGAGGGGCAAGAACAUCCAGAGGAGGAGAAUCUGAAGGAUGAUGUGAUGGAAGAGGAUGCCGCGGAGGUCUCGGGAGAAGGCGCCGCAGCAGAUGACAAGAAUGAAGUGCCCGAAGAACACGGAGAAUCUGGGGAUGAAGGUUCACAUCGGGAUGCCGAUAAGGAUGUCGUUGCCGGCCAGUUCAGUGUCCACUGUGGGGCGCAGAAUGGUGAACUUGACCCCUCAUUUGCUAUGCUGGGUUCAGUUGCAGUGGGGAAUGUUAAAGACCUUGAAAUAUUUGUUGGUAGAUUGCCUAAGGGUUGUACCGAGGAAGACAUUACAGUGGUAUUCUCUCAGUUCGGGGAGAUCGUAUCUACUAAAAUAGUUAAUGCUGCUAAAAAAAAGAACAACCGCAUUGCAUUUGUUCGUUACAUGAGCACUGAAGCUGCAAAGAAGGCUCUCACUGAAUUUAAGGAUGGAGUUGAGGUGACAGGGGAAAAGGUCAAAGUAUCAGCUUCUCGAGUUAAGAAUACCCUUUACCUUAAAAACAUUUGCAAGAGCUGGACAAAAGAGCAGGUGCUACUCUCAUUGAAAAGUAUUGGAAUCGAAGAAUUUGAAAUGACUUUACCUGAUGACCCUGAUACUGGAGGACGAAACAGAGGGAUUAGUUUCCUCAAAUUUGCUGCGCCUGACACUACCGAAAGCGCACUUCAGAAGUUACAGCAACCAGAUGCACUUGUCGACAUUGAUAGAAGUGAGAAAGAAUAUGCUCGAACCCCUACAGAAUCAAGUCAAGAGCUUGCUCUGAAGGUUAAAUCAGUAUACCUUGAACAUGUUCCUCUUUCUUGGAAUAAGGGGAACAUUGAAGAGUGUUGCAAAUCAUAUGGGGAGAUUCAGGAAGUUCGCCUUCUAAAGAAGUCAAAAAAGAAAAUUGCUUUUGUUGAAUUUUCAUUCAGGAACAGUGCAUUAGCUUGUGUGGAAGGGAUAAACAGUGCCAAGAUUGGUGGUGAAGUUAAGUUGGUUGCGAGUCUUGCUCGACCACGUCGGGAAGUACAUCUGGACAAGAAAGUUGCUAAAGGUGAAGACGCUAACAAUUCUAUAAAGAAAAAGGACCACAAAAAAGAGGUCAUGGUGAAGAAGAGUUCACAUAAAUUGCCAAAAGGUGACACGAGUAAGCUGACCUCACAAGUUGAUGCGGAGGUACCACAAGCAUCCAACCUGUACAAGGGCAAACGGAAAGCUGGGAAGACUGAAAAUAUCGCUGUAAAUGAAAGACUACUGAAGAAAGCACGGAAGAAUUGUGAUGUCCUGACAAAACCUUCCAACAGAACACGUCAUGGUGGUUAUGCUAGAGCUGCAUAUGCAGGAGAAUCUUCUGGAAAUAUGAAACGUUCUUUGGGACCUCGAUAUGUGACUAACGAUUCUCACCCCAUUGCGGGUGCAUCAUCCAGAUCUAAACCAAAUUCUCGUGACCUGGAACCUCAUGCUGGAUACAUCCCUCCUGUAAAUCGUGUUCGUGCACCCGCAGAUCACGCUCAAGUCACCUAUGUGUAUGAUCAGCCGAGAGCUACACCGUCAAAUUACCAUCAUAUUGAUGGUCUUCCUUACACUAGAGAAAUAGCAGCUCCACCACCAGCCUAUUAUGGUUACACAAGCAAUCCUCAAUACCAGGGUGAAUAUGCAUACGCUUAUCUUCCUCCGCCUCAUCUAAGUGAAGCGGACUAUCCAAGAAGCGGAGAAUACAUUCCUCGAAGGAGAUAUUACUGACCAAAUCCUACUGCCGUAUAAACAUCGAACGUUUAUAGUUUUUUUGAACCCUUAUGCUGUGUAGAUGGUACUGAUGCUGGAAAAAGAUGUUUGUACACAGGGUAUGUUUGUACAAUGAAAACAUUACAAUCGAGAUCGCUUGCACUUUGCUUCCACAAGCCA